AAGACUAUGCUUAUUUUUAGACACUUUCAAGGUUUUUCUAUUUCAGAGAAUUAUCGACUGCUGUAAAAGGGACUGCCCAAUUUUUUCGCGUAAGUUCUCAAGAACAUUUUGUUGAACUAAUUAAUAAGACAUGCCGAUCGCUUUGCAUUUACUAAAGAAAAAGUUGCACGUUCAAAGUCUUCUUUCAAUACAAGGGACGAAAGUUAUUACAAUUGAUGCCUUUUUAUCGUUUUGUACGCAUGGCUCGCGUAUUCCGCAAGAAUUUCGGAUGACAUGCAGUGAAGCAAAUACGUACUUACAAAUUCUUUUGAAAAACGGUCAGGCUGUUAGAAUUGGGAAGGAUUUAUUGCAUCUUGAGCCCGAGGAGAUUAUCAAUGCAGUGCAUCUGAAAGCUGGAUUACCACUGCUUUCUCAAGAUGCACCCUUCAUAGCAAUACCAAGAGACAGAUCCACUGCCUUAGCUUAUCAGAGAGAGCAUGCAGUGUCAGAAAAACUGCACAACAUGCUUAUACAUCAAAAGAAUUUUUGGGCAUUAAUGGCUCUUUUUAGUGGCAUCCAAAUGGCAUUCCUAGCUUACCUCACGUUUGUAGUAUAUGAUUGGGACGUGAUGGAGCCGGUUUGUUAUUUUGUUACAGCAGGAACAGCCCUAUGCAUUUUUGCGUAUUUUCUGUAUUUCAAGAGGGAAUGCAGCUGUGGAAAUCUUGAUAAAAAGAUAAAGGGUUACCUUUUAGAGGCUCAUCUGAAAUCCUCACAAUCAGGCCUGCAAGAAUGGUUUCAUCACGCUCAGAUUUCUAACAGGCUGAAUGCAAUAUCAUCAUCUACUACUACAAAUUCAUCCAAGAUUAUAGCGAAGCACGUCAAGCAGAGAAAGUAACGCCAUUAUUUUUCCCUUUUGUACUGCUUUAUUACAUUUUCGUGCCCUUAAAGUCGCGAGACAUUCUCUUU